UUCCACACAAAUCGGAUGAGGCGAAUUUAGGAAAAGAUGAAAAUGAAACUCACUCUUUUUUUUCUUUUUGAAAUCCACUGUUUUUUGUUAAAAAAAAAAAAGAAAAACAGCGAGGAUAGGAAAAAAUGAGUAUAGCUGGUAAUUGCUUGAAUGUUCUAAUCAAAUGAAAUGAUUCCAUCUGAGUUCCGAUUACUCGUAUUUUCUGAAUAAUUUUCCGAUAACUCGGUAAAAAGGGAAAUAAAAACAAGAAAAAGAAGCGGAACCUAUUUGACGAUACUCACCGACCCCUCUUCUCUCUCUAUAUCUAUCGCGCGCGCGGAUGCAAUAAUAAAUCGCCAUCGUUAUCCCCUCCUCGUAGGGUUCAUCUUUCCUUCUCCUUUUUUUUCUAAUCCAACAACUGUUUUUUUUUUUAAACUAUGGCUUAUGAUUAUACUCAUUUCCGGAACCCUAGAAGUUUCAGUGCUAAGGGUUUUAGUAUUUAGCAUCGUUUUGUUCUGUUGUGUUUUGGAUUUAGAAUUCACUUUAUUUGUUAGGGAUGCUUUCGUUUUAAUCUUCUGUUGCUUUUAGAUUCUAGUAAUAAGAAAAACAAGUUUAGAUAUGGAAGGGAUUGGAAGUGGGGAUGGUAUUCAAGAGGCUCCCAAAGUUGGCGAUCCUAAUAAAUUCGGGGACAGCUCCACAGAAGGUGCUGUAUUUGAUGCAUCUCAAUAUGCAUUCUUUGGUAAAGAUCUUAUGGAGGAAGUUGAGUUGGGGGGAUUGGAGGAUGAAGAAGAAGACUUGCGUUUGGUUGAGUUUGAGGAGGAAGAAUUUCUCUUUGGUAGACAAGAGGGUGAGGUUGUAAGAUCUCUUUCUGAUGUUAAUGAUCUUGCUAGUACAUUUUCAAAGUUGAACAAGGUUGUCAAUGGACCAAGAAGUGGAGGAGUAAUUGGUGAUAGGGGAUCCAGAGAAAGUUCAUCUGCUGCUGAAUGGGCACAUGGGGAGGAUUUUUCUAACUAUUUUGAUCAGCAGCAGCUGCUAGACCCUGAAGGCAUUCAGGACGGAAAAAGAUGGUCUUCACAGCCAUAUGCUUCUGUUCAUGGUUUGGACUCAAAGCCUUUGUACAGAACUUCUUCAUAUCCUGAGCAGCAACACCACCAUCAACACUUCUCCAGUGAACCAAUUCUUGUACCCAAGUCUUCUUAUACUUCUUAUCCUCCCCCUGGUGGACAAUCUCCCCAGGCUUCGCCAAAUCAUAGUCAUCCAAGUAUUCCAUAUCUUGGUGGUGGUCCCCAAAUGGCAAUUUCUUUACCAAACCUCUCUCCUUUUUCUAGUCCUCAGCUACAGGUGACGGGCUUACAUCAUGGGUCUCUGCAAUUGUCUGGAAAUUUAUCACAGUUUUCGCCUAGUCCGUCUGCAAACAGCCGGUUACCUAAUCAAUGGGUUAACCGUAUGGGUUUAUAUCCUGGAGAUCAUCCCAAUCGUUUGAACAAUUUUCAGCAACAACUAUCUCAUCAAAAUGGUUUAAUGCCUCCACAGUUGAUGUCACAACUUCAGCUGCAGCAGUAUAGACUGCACCAUCCAAUUCAGCCAUCAUUAAGCCAUCUAUCAGGCAUGCAGUCUCAACAAUUUAGUCAUCAUAUUUCUCCAUCCCCGCCCAUGAUGAGCAAGUUUGAAGCAGGGCUUGGUUUGGGUGACAUUAGAGAUCAAAGACCACAUCAGAAUCUACCUUAUUCUCAGCAAGGAUUUGAUACCAAUGGCCGGAAAUUCGAAAGUGUCUGGUCGCAAUUCAGAUCCAAGUACAUGACAUCUGAUGAAAUUGAGAAUAUUCUCAGAAUGCAGCUUGCUGCAACACACAGUAAUGACCCAUAUGUGGAUGAUUAUUAUUACCAGGCUUGUCUUUCAAAAAAGUCAGCUGGGGCAAAACUCAAACAUCAUUUCUGCCCAACUCUUUUGAGGGAUCUUCCCCCUAGAGCACGUCCCAACUCAGAGCCUCAUGCUUUUCUCCAAGUUGAUGCGCUUGGGAGGACGCCCUUUUCUUCAAUUCGUAGACCUCGUCCACUUCUUGAGGUCGACCCUCCAAACUCAUCUAUUAGUUCUGGGACUGAUCAGAAAGUUUCUGAGAAACCCCUAGAACAGGAGCCAAUGCUUGCAGCUAGAGUGACAAUUGAAGAUGGUCUUUGCCUCCUCCUUGAUGUAGAUGAUAUUGACCGUUUUCUAGAUUUCAAUCAGCUUCAAGAUGGGGGAGUCCAAUUGAAACGUAGGAGGCAGGCAUUGUUGGAAGGGCUUGCAGCAUCACUGCAGUUGGUGGAUCCACUUGGAAAGAAUGGACAUACAGUGGGACUUGCUCUGAAGGAUGAUUUUGUGUUCAUGCGAUUAGCAUCUCUUCCCAAGGGUCGGAAACUGCUUGCCAGGUACCUUCAGCUUCUUUCUCCUGGUGGUGAUCUCAUGCGAAUUGUCUGCAUGGCUAUUUUUCGUCAUCUGAGGUUUCUGUUUGGAGGUCUCCCCUCUGAUCUUGGGGCAGCAGACGCCACAAAUAACCUUGCAAGAGUUGUAUCAUUAUGUGCCUGCCGCAUGGAUAUUGGUUCCCUUAGUGCUUGUCUUGCAGCUGUUGUUUGUUCCUCAGAGCAGCCCCCACUUCGCCCCCUUGGAAGCUCUGGUGGAAAUGGGGCUUCUCUUAUUCUAAUGUCUGUUCUUGAGAGGGCAACUGCAUUACUGAAUGAACUUCAAGAUGCUAGCAACUAUAAUGUGACAAAUCGGGCACUUUGGAAGGCCUCAUUUGAUGAGUUUUUUGGACUUCUUAUAAAGUAUUGCAUAAAUAAAUAUGAUAGUAUUAUGCAGUCUUCUCUACAAGAUCCUGCUGAAGCUAUUAAGAAGGAACUACCCAUGGAGCUCCUUCGUGCCAGUGUUCCCCACACAAAUGAUUACCAGAAAAAAAUGUUAUAUGAUCUUUCCCAGCGUUCCUUGGUUGGUCAAAAUGGUGGCACUGGUGGUCGCGUGAAUUCUGAAUCAGUGUUAAGUUGAUACAAGGCUGUAAGAGGAUAUGAUAGAAAUUAAGAACCAUGAGUCCUGAGAUGGUGCUGAAUUUUGAAACAGUAAAUGUAAAACAGACUACCGGACCAACAAUGUUAUCGGGUAUUUGUUUUUAACUUCUGCCUGCAGGCCAUGCUUAAUUAAGAAUACAUGGAGUUACUGGUGCAGAACCUCUGGAACAAUUUACUGCCAAGUCAUUUUAGAUCUUUCAGAUUUUAGUACAUUUUUAGUCAUUACCGGUCAAUUGUGUAAACUUUCCUUGGCUAAACCUGUAACCGGUCUGUGUUGUAUUGUGGUGGAAAUCUGUUGGGUUUCUCCAUUUCUUUGCUUAUUUUCUUUGUAUUAUUUUAGGGGUCUAUUUGAUGCUCUGUUGUGGAAUUCUCAAUAUGGAGGCAUAGGGUAUACAGGGUUGAUUCCCCACAUAUCCUCUAAUAUUUGUUAUCCAGGGGAUGAGUGGAUGUGGUCUUCAUGUUUUUCUGUUAUGUAGCCUAAGGGCUGUGUCCUAGUGUCGUGGUUCCUUGGUUAGUGGCAAUAAAGCCAUGCAAAUGCUGGUGAGUUCGAACUCUCGAGCAAUUAGCAAGUUUAGCCUGCUUGAGGGGUUGCCUAAUGGAUUUUCUUUUUAACGUA